AUGCCAUCUUUCUUCGCUCCAGGCCACGGCCUGCCUCCUACCCCUCCUCACAUCAACAGCGGUGGCCGCUUGGAUGAACCUUCCUUCUACCCUGUUGCUCACUCUGCGUUCCCGCCUCGCUAUCACCAGAGUGGCUGCGAGUUCAUUGAACAGUACUCGCAAUCCCUCUACGCUAAGCCGAACGCGAUGAACCUGCACCCGCAGUCUGCGAAUAUGAUGCACCACCCUACGCGCGAGUCGAUGCACGCCAUGGCUCAACAACAGCCUAUGUACGGACCGAUGGCAACUUUGCCUCCAAUUCGCUCCAGUGUUCAACUCCCGCCCAUGGAGAGUGCCAUCCCCCCGCAGUACCGCCGUCAGGAUAUCGCCCCGAUGCAGCACCAGCAACAGCAGGAGCAGCCCCGCAAGGAGGAAAAAUCGACCGGAGGUGUCGCUGCCCACCUAGACUACGAGAUGGAUCGUAUGUCCGACUUCGUGGCGGAAAUGACCCAGGGAAUGUAUGAUUUGUACAACACCAAAAUCACCCUAGCAGAUAUUGACAUCAUGCGAAGCAUAUCCCCAGGAUCUUCGGUUCCCCCUCAGUUUCGCAAAUACGUCUUCCAGAUUUUGUCCUCGACUCGCCUGCCCAGCUCGACCAUUUUGCUGGGUUUGUACUACCUGUCCUGCCGAAUGCGCCAACUUUCGGCUCAGCGGGUGUACCAAGCCAGUAGUGGCCAGAUUUACCGCAUGCUCACCGUUUCCCUAUUGCUAGGUAGCAAGUUCCUGGACGAUAACACUUUCCAGAACAAGUCUUGGGCAGAGGUCAGCAACAUCCCCGUCGCGGAACUCAACAAGAUGGAAUUGGAGUGGCUUUUCGCUUUCGAGUGGAAAAUCCACAACCGCAUGUAUGACGAACAAGACGGCUUUAACUCGUGGCGACGCCACUGGGACAGCUGGCGCGCUAAGGCCAACAUUCGCGCUCAAGAGUCUCGCCAGUCUCUGGCCCCUCUUGACACUAACGUCGUUCGCCAGCACCAGUCUAUUGCGAAACCUCUUUUGUCCCCCGAAGGCCCUAUCCCACCACAGUACCAGCGUAGCUCUACUAUCGAGAACUCCUGGCUCAACCCUGCCGCUUCCGAGUAUUCGCCUCCUUCGGCACCCCACAGCGGACCCAACACCCCCGACUACUACUCAGUUGGGACCUGGGGCUACUCGAACUCGAACCCACCACCGCCUUACACGCGCGCGUGGGCUCCCCCUUCACAAUACAUCCCUCAAUCAGCACCGCGGUCACAACCUCCAUCGUACCACCACACGCCCGCCUAUGGCUUGCCUUUCGCUCAAAGUGUUUGGACUGGCCACGGGUCAUCGUGCGGUUGCAUGUACUGUGCUAAACACAUGGAGCACUAUAUGUGCAACACUGCUUUCCCAGCUCUACAGCCUAUCCUGGCAGGCUAA